AUGAAACUUCUUCAGUCCUUGGGCAGAUCGGGUCAAUUCAAUGAAGCCAAUGAGGAGGCGAAUAAAAAUCUUAUCAGUAAAAAGGCAUGCUUCCUGUUAUCGCUUCUAUGCCUCAUCUUACCUUAUGUUCAGGCGAAAAAGAAUGCAACAUCUAGCUUCUCUGCCCAAGUCCGAAAGUCUACUAGUAGUAGAAAAGGCGAAUUUCACGAUAGCCCUACCGAAAGUACUUUUCCUGUUGCACAAGUCGCUCUUUUCUUUGUUGGCCUUGAGCUCGAUGACGAUGACUUCCUUGACCUUGCUCACUCUGUUAAGUAUAACGAGAAUGCCUUCAUAUGUUUGCGAAAGCUUGGGCUGUAUAAAGCAGCACAGGCGAAGUCCGAUCUAACUUUCAGUCAAGCGAUGGAUACUCAACAAAUCGAGGAAAGACUUGUAGAGGUUUUAGGUGCCCCAAUGGAGUAUCUGACACAACUGGGUAGAGAAGAAGGAACCCGUCAGUGGAGACUACUGAAAGUCGAAGGAAAAGGUCUGAAACUCCUUGACGAGGAUUCGCCUGAUGGCGGAACCCUCUAUAAAGCCCGUGGAGCCCUGGGCAAAGCUUGGACCCUUCACUCGGUAAUCAUCAUUUCGGUGCAACCCCUUCCUGCUCAUGUCAUGAGGUCAAAAUGUCCCGAUUGGGAGCGAUAUGCCAAACGGUUUUUGCGGGAAAUCGGUUGGCAUGACAUAGAUUUCGAUAGUUUAUAUCCAAGCUCGGGCAAAAAGCGAGCCCAUUCUCCUGCUUCAGACGAUGAGAGCUCUGAAGAUGAAUCCACGAGUCAGGCUCCCCCACCUCGAAAAAAGUCACAGAGGCUUUCGGCAAAGAAAGAUGUUUCGCCACCUGUUUUUGAUAUCGCUUGGCAUGAUAACGAUGUUGAGGAAGCUGGGGCUGUUGAGGUCGACAAUACUUCGGGAGAUGACUAUGGAUCCCCAAGACCGAGCUCACCAAUCCUCGCAUCUGUACCUACGAAUGUAUGGGAUCUUAACCGUAAACUCGAGUACUUCACAACAGACUAG